AUGCCAACAGCAGGAGGAUUCGCAUUCAGUUUAGCAUCAGGGGCAGCCAUAAGGCUUUUCCAAACCGGUCUCAGUGGCUCGCCACCUAAAUUAUCCCAAAAAGUAAUUGGAUACGCUUCAAUAAUGACCCUUACUGGAUCGUUUUAUUACUUCGUAUUGGAUCCUCAAAUAAAUACCAAUAGGGAAUUAUUAAGUAGAAGAUUGACUGCAUUGAGAGAACAAAGGGAGAGGAAGCUGGAUUUGGUCAAUUUUGAAGAACAAGAACAUAGAUUGUUUACUGCUAAGGAUAAAGGAAGAUUCUUUAGAUUGUUUGAUAAAUAUAGUCAGCCUUACAAGUAG